AUUAAUUCUUCAGGUUUCUCAAAAAAAAAAAUCCAGGACCAUGGUGACAUGCAGUGCAGAGAAGGAGCUGUUUUUGGCAGCUUGCCAAGCAGAAGAAUGUCAGUCCUUUUUGGAGUUCAUGGAAAAACAUAAAUCCAAAUCUGAUGACUUUAACAUCAGUGAUUUGCUGUUGAGUGUCUCUCGGAAGCAACAGGAGAAGCUUUGGGAUGGACUCUUUGAGCUCUGUGCAAGGACGAUGGCUAAACUCAAUCCAUCUGCUGACCCUGUUGAGCAGUCAACACUGGAUGAUGUCCUUAAGUGUCUACAAGGAAUCGUGACAGUAGGAACAUGUUGCCUGAGUACAGAGAAACCUGUUAUUGUGGACAAGAUGCUUGAAACUAUGACAGUUCUACAUGGUGUACUUCUCGACCUUCCAGAUUCAGCAAGCAAGCUGCAGCAUAACAUUGCAAAAUUAUGUCACUCAUGGUGGAAUGAUGAUUUACCUGGGCGAGAACUUCUUGUUCCAAACACCAUUAUGUAUCUACUGGUGAAAACACUUCAGCCCAGUGGCAUGGUAUCGGAUGUGAGACUUCUAUAUUCCAUGAGAAAAUCCUUCUCUCAGCUCAACCUAGCUGAUGAGAGUAGUACUUCACUCAAAGAACUACUGGAGCAGUGCUUCAUUAAUUCUAUCUUCCUGAAGAAUGAUGAUGGGCGUAAGUUCUUGAGCUUUCUCUUGUGUUUAGACUGUGAUCUCACAGAGCGUCUUCAUUCAGCCAUUAAGAAUCAGCUACCAUCAUGUCCAAAGAAUACGAUCAAUUACUAUGGAGAGGUGUACUUUAAGGCUUGGCGGAAAUCUACGCCCCCUCUGACAGCAAAACUAGAGACCAGCUGUAUUCAAGACCUGAUGCACUCUGCUGUACACGCAAGACGCGUAGGGACUCGAAACCUGUCACUUACACUCAGACAGCUUUUAAGCUACUUCACCAAGCAGAAGAGACAACAAGGAGUGGACAGCAUGCUACUAACUCUGUAUGAACCAAUUCUAUGGAGAGCUUUCAAGGUUGCUAAUUCAUCUGUGAGAGCUAAUGCAGCUGCCCUUCUCAUUGAUGCCUUCCCUCUCCAAGAUCCUGAAGCUAAUAAAGAAGAGACUGAUGCACUUCUUCAGAAACAGAUUGACAUCUUACAAGGUUUCCUAACUGACCAAUGUCCAGUGCUAAGAGUGACUGGUGUCCAGGGAGUCUGCAGGAUCUUAGGAAUGUACUGGGAACUGAUUCCGGCCCAUGUCUUGACUGCAUUCCUAACUAAACUUAUCCAAGACAUGGCCUUUGAUACAAGCUCCAGUGAUGUCAGGGUGUCUGUAUUCAAGGGUUUGAUGUUUGUGAUUGACAAUCCUUUGAGCCAUCCUCUGCUAAAGAACUUGCUCCCAUCUCUGAAAAACUUCAUUCAUGACACCUCCGAGAAGGUUAUCGUGGCUUUUGUUGAUCUCUUGAUAAAGGUCAAAGGUCUCAAGACAAUCAAGGUGUGGAGUAUCGUCCCAGUGGAAGACUUACUGGCUAGACUAGAGGUGGAUUCACCUCCUGUAUCUCGUAGGAUUGUCAACCUCCUCUUCAAGUCAUUCCAACCAACAGACCGUGAUGCCAGCGUUCAGAUUGAAAGAGUAAUGGCUCUUAUCUGUAUGAAUCCUGGUGCAGCAAGGGUCUUCUACCAGUAUGCCCAUAAGCACAUGUCUGUUGACACUGCAGCCGAUUUCAUGUUACUCCUGUCCCGCUGUUUGCGAGGCUGCAUCAACCAAGAAGAACAUCAUAACUCCAUGAUGUCAGCAGGGGGAGACAACUCAACAGAGGAGGAGGAAGAGAGGGAGGGACUCUCACUCAAAGAUACAGAUGUUAUUGAUGGGAUGUUGGAGAUUAUUGUUAUUCUUUGGACUGGCAUUGCCCAACAACUAGCGAAACCUGUAAAUCAGUCAGUCAUGCAGAAGCUUGUUCACCGAUUUGGCAAAGAUCUACCAAGAUUUUUGGCCACUUUCAAGGAUGGAAGAUCUCUCUCCGCGGUCCUUAUACUUGUCUCCUUUCUUCCUGCAUCAUCGAUUCCAGCAUUUAGUCAUAGUUGUUUGUCUAAGUUGAAGAGCAUGGAUCCGACUGCUUCCCCUGAAGCAUACAGUCCCCUCAUUCAAUGCCUGAUAUCCUGGGGGAAGGGCAAUGAUGUCAUCAGGCUUCUCUCUGAUUGGCUGGAACUAGCCAUCAAUCAAACUGAUAAUGAAAAAGAAUCUGAAGAAGAGGAGGAGGAGUCUGGAGACCAGAUGUCCAGUAAGCUGAAGAAAAAGAGAGUAACUUUUAAUGAACCUGUUGUUAAACCUCAACCAAGAUUGGCGAUGGCUUACCUAGACUGGUUGCUUACUAACUACUCAUGCCGUACUCUACUGCUGGAUACAUCAGCAAAACCACUCAGAGAAAUGGCUGCCAUUCUCAAAGGGGUCCUGCCAUUGAUUGAGAAACGUCUGAUGAAUCCAGGACCGCUCAGUGACAUGAUGUCCGAUGAUAUGCUUACUAGCAUUGUACAUGGAUACUGCAGGGUCAUCAUUCAUCUACAAUCUCUCCAGAGCUCUGAGCCCAGUAGUCCCUCAGCCAGUGAAUUGAGUCAUGUUAGUUCUGAGUUUGAUGAGCUACUAGCUUGGUGUGACAGGGAGCUGCUCUCUGUCUUACCCCAGAGCUCAGGGGAGGAAUCCAGUGCGAAGGCUGAUGAUGGGAUCAGAAAACUAGCCAAAGAUUGCCUCAUGGUUGUAUUGAAGUUUGCUUGUGAUGUGGUAACUCUUGGAUUGGGAUCAGAUGUUUUCUACUCUCAUCUAGCUGAUUUCUGUCAUCUUGUUCUCAAAACAGAAGAUAAUAUGGACUUUGUGUCGCUUGUGGCCAAGAUCAUGUGUCACCUUGGACGAGGAGGUUUGGCCAUGGAUGACAAACAACAAGACCUGGUAGCUGAUCUCUUUACCAAGUUCAUCAAAGCUAUAGGGAUAACAGCCAGUCAGAAAGAAAAGGAUACCUCUCAAAUGCAACAGGCAUUAUCCAGCAUCAAGCCGGCCGUUUCAGACAUCCUCCGUAACAGCAGCAAGUGCAAUGUUCGUUUCCAUGAUGAUGUCCUAGCCUCCAGUAUGGCUGCUUGUGUUGGUGAGAUGACAAACACUGUAGCUCAGUCUGAAGGGACAUUGGAUGCUGUUCAGUCAGCAGAUUUGCCACCUGUUUCAAGUUUCUUGGUUGGCAUAGUGUCCAGUAACAAGGAUCUGCUCAGGUCAUUUGUUUAUGAACUUGAGCAAUGUGUAUCAGUGGGUGCCUUGCAGACCUACCCAACGCUUCUAGCAGCCUUUCACAUCCUACAUCCAUUGAGUCAGGAUAAGAAAAGAGGAGGUUCCUGUGGUAUCAAGGAAUGUUUGACAGCCUUAAGACUACAAAUGGAUAAACUCCAACCUUCCAAAGACCAAGAUGAAGAUGAUGAUGGACCCAACGAUCCUAACAGGUUUAUGUUUGGCCAGAUGCAGUCCCUUGAGAAGCAGAUAUCAGAGGCUAUUGGAGGGGUUGCCUAGGAGAUACAAGUCACUUUACGCAGUCUGGUGUAGUGCAUUGGAAUUUGAAUUUUGAAAUCCAACAGAAGUCAUGACUAUCACAAUCAAACAAGUUCAUCCGUAAUGCCGGUGCUGAAAAUUGGAUGGCAGUAUGGAAGGAGUAUGAUGCAUAUUGAUUGCAAUAAACUUAACAUUUAGGUGUUUGCUGAAGCUGAACUCUGCAGAGGGUAACAUAUGUCAACUAUGGAAACAUGAUGGAUUACACUCAGCCAUUUUCUAUGAUUUCAUGAGCAUUCCUUUUGCAGUGAACAUUUCUACUUUUAAUCGUCUUCUCAUGUAACAUGAAGGAAUUUGAAAUGUCACCAUUAUUUCUCAGCUUUCAAAAAAACAGAACCUUCCUUGCGUGGUUGAAAAUCACAGCUAUAGAAAAUUUAAAUAUGUCAAUAUUUCCCUUUAUAUUUAUAAAGCCCAGUUGACACUAGCACGCAGUGUGGUACCCACGUAGUUUGUGCACAGGCGUGCACUCAUGCAUGCCAAUGCGGGGACUAUGCCUGCCAGCUUGCAGAUAGAUGAGGGAGGUAAGCGCCGGGGGAGGGGGGGGGGGCACUCAACCAAAAAAGUGGUGAGGGUGUGCCACGGGCAAGACAAAAAACGGGGGCCUUGGAGCGGGCUUAUUGUAAAAAUGAGGGUCCUCGGAACGGGCUUCGGAACUACAAAUGUUUGUGAAAACGGGGGUCCUUGGAACGAAUUGCCAGCGUGUGAGUGCGUAUUGCACAGCCAGAAUUACACAUUACAAAUUUGCGCAUUGUAUGUGCAACAAUGCUGUGCCAGUGUGUGCCACUGCCUGGCAUCGAAAUAGAAAUUUUGUGGUGCAAAAAAAUAGUAGGCACGCAGUUCACAAAUGGUUGACGACAGGAUCGCUCAGACUAUGCGCAUAGGCUAAGCAUACUUAACACAUAGUUCACAAAUGAUACACCCAUAAUUAUGCGCCCAGAGUAAGUGGUCAUGAUCAACAAACAUAUUUAAAUUUGUGAUAGAUACUUCACACAAUAGGGUGUCAAGAAUAUUUGCUGAAAGCACAUCAGGACAGUGCAUGAAUUAUGUGCAAGCAAUGCGGAAACACGUUAACAUGUCGGGACAGUGCAUGCACUGAUACAGGCAAGCAGUGCCAUGACAUCCCGCACUAGCACGCAUUAAUGCGAGGCAACGCAUGCACCACUAUGCAUGCAAGUGUCAAAUGGGCAUAAAACCAUAGACAUUAUUCAUGUAUUAAUUUGUAUAGGAAUGAACAUUUAUUUUCAUCAUUUACCACUUUUUUUAUUAGUGAAAGUAUUGAGAAGAAAAUAUAUUUUAAUUUUGGUAAAUACAUUUUAUCUGAUAUUUUAGUUUAUCAGAUUUGGGUCCUGUGAGAUAUGAUCAAAUAUUUACAAUAGAUAACUUUUGUUUUGUACAGUUUUUUUGUGUACUUAUAUGCUAAUGUAUCUUUUACGUAAUAGAGCAAAAGUUAUUUCCCGUUUGUACAUACAGAAAAUAAGAACUGCAUAUAUGAAACUAUUACAUUCAUUGAUAAAAAAAUUACCCUCACAAAAUGCUAUAUGAUUCUAGUUGCCACUUUUAUUUCUCAGUAAAUAUGCCAGUAGUUUCAAUAAUACACUUCAUUUUGAUGUCAUUGAAAAUAUUGUGAUGGGCAAUUCUAUAAAAUGGUCACCCCCCCCCCCCUUUAUUUUUUUAAUCUGACCCCAUUUUUCUCCAUUCUUCACUUCAAAUAUCAUUCUGUUUAUUUGUUGUGCUUUGAGGAAAUAAAAUGUAUAUCUACAUGUAUCAACACCUAUA